UGCAACGGGGCUUAUUAGAUUAGAAUAUGCAUUUCGUAUGCAUUACCAUAAGUGGAGUGACCAGCAGAGUUAAUGUGAAGAUUCUAUGCUGAAUUAUGAACAUUUAUUUCUUUUUAAAAUAACAUUCCACUCGUAACCACUAUGUUUCUGUGCCUUUGCCGGAUUUUAAGCAUCACGCAAAUUUCUUUUGGAUAUGCAUAUGUCUAGUAAUGCUGUCGAUGGAAUGAAGUAUGAUCUUCGAGCCUGGAAAGGGCAGUGUACCAUAUCUAAUCUUUCAAAGAGUUCAGCUACGUGGUGGGUAAACUUAAGAUCAGUCUUUAGUAUCCAUCAUAUCCGGAUAUACUAUAGGACUGAUAAUUUAGCAUGGGGUGCGACGAACGAAUUGACCUCACGAUUCAUGGGGUUUUAUAUUUAUAUAUCAAACACAACAAACAAACAUGAUGGUCAUAUCUGUUUCCACGACACCAUCUACAACGUCUACACUAUACCAGCUGUAAUCAACAUUACUUGUCUUAUACAUGGUCAGUACGUCAUUUAUUAUAAUGAGAGACCACAGAGCUCAAAGUACGCCAGUCAGUUUUCACAAUAUGCAUUCAACGAACUAUGUGAAGUUGAAGUAUUUGGAUGUAAAGCAGGCUUCUAUACAUCUAACUGUUCCAUACCCUGCCCCAGCAACUGUAGAAAUCCUUACUGUCACAUAGAGACAGGUGCUUGUGAUGAAUGUAAUCCUGGUUUCCAAGGACAAGAAUGCGACUCAAGAACUAAUUGCCCUUUAGGGUUGUACGGCAGAACUUGUGAAAUGAAUUGUAGUGCAAAUUGUCUGUACGCUGAAGGUUGCAACUCAACAUCUGGAGUUUGUCAAGAGGGCUGCAGAGCGGGUUGGAAAGGAUUAAAAUGUGACUUACCAUGUGAAGACGGGGUGUAUGGAAUUGGAUGUAAGCAGAAGUGCAGUGCCUUUUGUUCCGUGUCAGGUAUUUGUGAUCAUGAAAAUGGGGCCUGUAAAGAAGGUUGUAAAAGUGGCUGGGUGGGAAUGGAUUGUCUACAAGUUAAGGAAAAUGUUGAAGGAAAACUUGCAUUAUACAUUUUCGUCGGUGCUUUCUCCAUAGCCGUUACUGUUAUAGUGAUUCUAAUAAUUUACAUCAUCCGUUUGAGAGGCAGAAUUGGACAAUUUCAUACGAUUGAUAAAUAUAAUACAAGCAAGACUUUGAGCAUGGAAGCAGAAGGGGAAAACUAUGACGCGAUUAUCACUACGUCGAAAAACGAGUAUCAAGAACUUGGAGUGAUCGGUCAGAACAUCCCUAGAUAUUAGUGUCACAUUUUUCUGUAUUGAGAGCAGAAAGAACAGAUGAGACAUCUCCUUAUCUUCAUUGUCUCACACAUCAUCAUAAUGCGUAUUACAAUGCACAACUGUAAAUUAUUUAAUACA